AUGAUAAAAAAAUUCUCAUAUUUCACUUAUGAAUCUCUCCCUGUUUACACAAUGGUGACUUCGUUAGUGCUGGAUAGCAACGUUAUGUAAUUUUUUUUGGUCAAUCCUACAUUUGCAAUAUCAGAUGAAAAUAGUAUGAUGUCUUUUAGCAAGUAUUCAAAAACUAAAUUUGCCUUAUAAUUGAGAUUAUCUGCAGAAAUAGAGUAAAUUAAUGAUACUUUACAAAUUAAAAGAUGGACAACAUUCGGCAUGAAUUAUGAAGAAUUAUCAAAAUUGCUGUAUCCAGAUUUGCUACCAGAACAAGAAUUUGUUUUAUGUAGAUUGAUUGAUUAUGCAUUUAUAUAGAAAAUCAAUAAAAAUAAUUAUUUGGAAAUUUUUAAAGAAAAUAUUGAUCAAGAAAAUCAAUAAACUUAUAUCAUAAAUAUGGAUUAGCAUGGACAAUUGAGAAAGCAAAUAGAAAAAUCAUUAACAUGGGUAGCUGGUUGGCAUCAUCCAAAGUAAUUUAUGAAAAAAUAAGAAGUAUAAUGGAAAACAAUUUGA